GAAACAUCGCCGCGUGCGGACGUUUGGUUACAAAGUCUCGUGUCGUUUUCGAAAUAAUUGUGUUAUGUGCAUGACGCUCAAGGACUGGCUACAGAGAUUAUGUUUUAUCUUCUAAGAUAAAAACGUAUAAAAAUAUAUCUCAGUAAGAUAACAUUAAAAAAUGACAACGGAUCGGAUAGAAUUAACUAGUUAACGGUUAGCAAAAAACGUUUAAAGAUAAUUAAUUAAGAAAUUAAAAUAUUAAAUCACAAACAAUUCAACAUGGCGUCUGAAGAUGUGCGGAAACGUAGUUCGGUUCCUAACGGUAUAGAAAUGGGGGUUACCGAGAAAAAAGAAAAUGGCGUUGGAGACAUCACACAUGAGAUAUUAGACUACGAGCCCAAUGGUUGGUUCGAGGUGACACUAUCAAAGACAAGCAAUUCAUUAGACGGUUUUGUCAAGAAGAACAGUGCAGCUAUGAAGACGAUCGCGAUUUUCAUAUUAAACGGUCUUGUAAUAGGAUUCUUUUUCGCCUGCAUGUAUUAUUGGAUGAAUUAUAGUGCUGAUCCACUUGAGCUUUGCUACGGUUUUGGAAGUCUCAUUGCCUUUUUGAGUAUAAUCUAUUUCUUCAUCAUAUACUUCUUGGUGGUGAAGAAGUUCUUCGGGCAGUGGUUUGAAAGGACAGUAUGGACGAAAGUGGACAGAAUUUCAUCACAUCUAUGGAAAAUUAUAAUAUUCCGAUGGGUCUUCUGCAUAGCGAUCUUGGCUGCUAUAGCAUUCUUUUUGUACUGGGAUACCAAAGACGCGCCUGAGAGACUGAUUUCGUUAAUUGGAUUAUGUCUUUUACUAAUCAUGGGGUUCGUAUUCUCAAAGCAUCCCGGUCGAAUAAACUGGCGCAGUGUUAGUAUAGGACUACUGAUACAGUUCCUGUUCGGUGUGAUCUUCAUCAGAUGGAACACGGGACGGUAUGCCUUGCAGUGCUUCUCAAAUAAGGUGGCAACAUUUCUCUCGUAUGGUGUGGAAGGUGCUGGUUUCGUGUUUGGCGAUUUACUCGUUAGAAAAGAACAAGUGUUUGCAUUUAGUACUCUACCAGUAAUUUUCUUCUUCAGCAUGUUGGUUGAAGUGUUGUUCUUUUGGGGAGCAUUGCAGUGGUUCUGCCUCAAGCUUGGACGGCUUCUGCAAGUAGCUACCGCUACCACCGUCUGCGAGAGCGUUAUUGCCGUCGGCAAUGUAUUUCUUGGAAUGACGGAAUCGAUUCUUCUGAUAAAGCCUUAUCUACCAAUUCUGACAGCAUCCGAGCUCCAUGUUGUAAUGUCCUCUGGUUUUGCAACUGUUUCUGGCACGAUACUGGCCGCGUACAUCGGUUUCGGAGCGGAGCCCGCGCACCUCGUCACCGCCAGCGUCAUGUCAGCUCCCGCUGCAAUCUGCUUCGCGAAGCUGCUUCUCCCUGAGACAAAGCGCUCGCUCACCACCGUGGAGAAUAUACAACCCAUUGAGAUAAAAGACAAGUCGGCGCUGUCGGCGGCGACGCGCGGCGCGGCGGCGGGCACGGCGCUCGUGCUGAACAUCGUCGCCAACCUCGUCGCCUUCGUGUCCUUCAUCGCCUUCGUCAACGGCGUGCUCGGGUACUGCGGCGGGCUGCUCGGCAACCCCGAUAUUAACCUGGAGUGGAUAUUCGGAAAGAUAUUCAUACCGUUGUCCUGGAUGAUGGGAGUGCCCUGGGAAGAAUGCGAGCUAGUUGGCUCUUUGAUCGGCUUGAAAACGGUUGUGAACGAAUUCGUGGCGUACCAGAGGAUGGGGGAAAUGAAAGAAGCUGGAUUAUUAUCUCCUCGCGCUGAGUUGAUCGCUACUUACGCCCUCUGCGGUUUCACCAAUCCCUCCUCAGCGGGUAUUCUGAUUGGAGCGAUAUCUGCUAUGGCCCCCAACCAGACGGAGACCUUGUCUAGCAUGGCGGUGCGAGCGUUUUUCGCUGGAUGCGGUAUUUGCUUCAUGACGGCAUGUAUAGCAGGAAUCCUGAUGCCAGUUGGCUCUUUCGGAUAAUCAGCUGUGAAUAGAAAAAACUAUUUAUCAAGAAACGUUUUCGUAAUCUGAACUAACUUUGAACACUUAUAAGUUUGUAAUAAGUAUUGUGUAAAUUUAAGAUAUAAUGAUAUAUUGUGAUAACCUAAAUCAUAUCGAUAUCAUUUUUUAUUAUAAUUAACAAGUUUAUUUAUUUAACAAUAAUUUAUAAUCACAUAUUUAAAUAAAUAAGAAUAAAUAAAUUUACAACAUUUAUUUUUUAUUUAAUUAAAUAUUUAUUAAUACAUUAAAGCCUUAAAUAUAUAGAAAUAAAAAUUAAAAAUAGUUACUGUACAGAUCAUGACUGCGUGGAAUGGCGGCAAGAAUGUUAGCAGCCUUUCACUUUUGAAUCGCAAUUCCGAUCCUCUGGGCGAAGUAUGAAUAAACAAAACUAUAUAUGAAAUAUAUAUAUUUAUAUCAAAUUGUUAUUCAUAUUUAUAUAAAGCUUAUUAAUUAUAAGAUCAUAUGCUCAUCAGAUCAUAUGCAUAGCUUAUCAAUUAUAAAAUACAUGUACAUAAUUAUAAAAAUUAUAACACUUAAAGGAUGCACGCAUCUAAAUCGAAAUGGCGUAACACCAAAGGCAGUUCAAAGAUUAUUCCCUUGUAAAAAUUUCCUUCGUAUCUCAUUCGUGAAAUGGUCCAAAUGUUCAAACAUGUACAAAUAUUCUAAAGCGUUUUAUGACAAAACUAAAAAUAACUUAAAUAGUAGGUUAUUAUAUAAUGAAAUCUAU